AAAUAUAUCCGUCAGUGUUCCUGUGUUGGCACAGCAGUUUGCAGGAAGAGCACUCGGUUAUUUCAACUAGCAGAAGAGUCCAUGACCAUAACAACAUUUUAUUAGUGACUUUAUAUUAGCUUUAUUCACAUUGAAUGUAAGGCUUUCGAAAUGGUGGCAUAGUGGUUUGUAAUAGCAGCUCCACAGUACAUUAGCCUAGCCGAGCUGAGCUGCUGAACUGGACCAGUUAGGAGUAGGAUUGGAUAUGUUAAGCUAAGUUUAGUUUUAUUUAUAGAAAUAUUAGUUUGCACCUGCAUCCUGACAUGGAGUCAAACAUUGGCACCGGUCUUUGGUGCUCUGCGGUCAUUGCUGUGGGUGGACUUGUUUUUGCAGCAUACAAACUCGGUUUACUCUACCAGCUCUUUCACAAGGCUGAGACGAAGAGCCCACGACAUGGUGGCGAGAGCGUGGCAGAGGUGCUGCGCGCCCACGGGGUCAAGUACGUUUUCACCCUCGUCGGUGGACACAUCUCCCCUAUCCUGGUGGCUUGCGAGAAGCUGGGCAUUCGCAUUGUGGACACCAGACACGAAGCCACAGCUGUUUUCGCUGCCGAUGCUGUGGCGAGACUUUCAGGGACUGUUGGUGUUGCAGCAGUGACAGCUGGCCCAGGCCUCACUAACACAGUGACAGCAGUGAAGAAUGCUCAGAUGGCUGAAUCUCCUUUGCUGCUCAUGGGAGGAGCUGCUGGUACACUACUCCAGGGCAGAGGAGCGCUGCAAGAUAUCGACCAGAUGUCUCUCUUCAAGCCGCUGUGUAAAUUCUGUGCCUCCAUCAGGCAUAUCAGGGAGAUCGUGCCCACCAUCAGGAAAGCCCUCGCCAUCGCCCAGUCGGGGACUCCUGGUCCUGUUUUCAUAGAGUUCCCCAUCGACACGCUCUAUCCCUUCCACCUUGUGUCCAAAGAGUUUGGUGUUAAGAACCCUCCCAAAGGCCUGAUGGGCAAAAUUGUUACAUGGUACCUCAAUAACCACCUCUUGAACCUCUUUGCUGGAGCCUGGGAGAAAAGAGAUGUGUCUCCACUUCCUGUUGACAUCCCACAAGCCACAGACGAUCAGGUACAAAAGUGCAUCGAGUUAAUGAGUCGGGCCAAGAAACCUGUUAUUUUGCUUGGUAGCCAAGCAACACUCCCCCCAACGCCAGCCGAUGACAUCAGGAAGGCUUUGGAGGACCUUGGCAUCCCCUGCUUCCUCGGAGGCAUGUCCCGGGGCAUGCUGGGUAGAGACAGUCCCAUCCACAUCAGACAGAACAGGCGAGAUGCUCUGAAGGACGCUGACCUGGUGCUCUUAGCAGGCACUGUGUGUGACUUCCGGCUGAGCUACGGCAGAGUUCUUAACCGACGCAGCAAGAUCAUCGCUGUCAACAGAGAUAAAUCGCAGCUGCUGAAAAACUCAGAUAUGUUCUGGAAACCGACUGUGGCAAUUCAGGGUGAUGCUGGUUCUUUGCUAAUGAAGCUUGCCAAAGGACUAAAGGGCUAUCGCUGUCCAGAGGAAUGGCCUCAGAGCCUCAAAGCAGGAGAUGUAACCAAAGAGGAUCAAAACAGGGCUAAAGCUGACGAGAAGACCGACCGCCACUUAAAUCCCUUGAAAGUCCUCCACCGUGUGGAUGAGCUGAUGUCAGAGGACAGCAUCAUUGUUGCCGAUGGGGGGGAUUUUGUUGGAAGUGCUGCUUACAUAAUGAGACCAAGAGGACCUAUGCGGUGGCUGGAUCCAGGAGCCUUCGGGACCCUGGGUGUUGGAGGAGGAUUUGCCUUAGGGGCAAAACUGUGCCGACCUGAAUCUGAGGUGUGGAUAGUGUAUGGUGACGGCUCCUUGGGAUACAGUGUUGCAGAGUUUGACACCUUCACUAGACACAAGACACCAGUUCUAGCUUUGGUGGGGAAUGAUGCAUGUUGGAGUCAGAUAGCCAGAGAGCAGGUUCCCAUACUGGGCAGCAACGUGGCAUGUGGCCUUGCAUUUACAGAUUAUCAUACAGUUGCCGAUGGCUACGGCGGUAAGGGCUACCUUGUGGGGCGUGAGGACGAGGACAGACUCAGCGACAUCAUCAGACAGGCUCAGAGGGAGACCCGGGAGGGCAGGGCGACACUCCUCAAUGUUCUCAUAGGGAAGAGCGACUUUAGAGAGGGCUCUAUCUCCGUUUAGAGCCGCGGUGAUUUCUGAAAACUUCUGCCUUUUCCUCUGGCUCUCCAUCGACUCUAACAUCAGGCUCCGAGAGAGGAUGAACACACUGCUGGAUGCCAGACCUAUGCUAAUCCUUUGUGCCCUUAAAGCCAUAUUUCUCUUUGGUAUGAGGAAAUUACUUUACAGUUCGCUGAUUGAAAAGAGUUCAACAUCCAUCACUUACUUCCGUCAUCAGACCAGGUUCAAAUCUAGCUAGACAUCUGCUAACACCAGAAACAUGACUCUGUUGGGGACUGUUUCUAAACGUGCAGCUUUAUUAUUAACUAAUAAGUGAAACACCACAGCUCCAGAUCUGCCAGCCUAUAAACUACAUAUUAAGGUGUAUAACUUUCAGGUAAAUGCUUAUAAAUUACAGAAGAUUGAUGCAUUUGGAGAAGGGAAACAAAAAUUAAGAAUUUCUUACGUUAAGGGAUUUGACCUCUACAGGGGCUCUGGGUUCGAUUUCUCACCUUUAAACAGCCUAUUAUAAGUUUCUUGCAAAUAAACCAGUUACUACUUGUGUGUGAGAGAGUUUUGGUUAAUGUUAUCAAAUGUGACCACUUUGCCUUUUCUCCUGUUGUCAAACGAACAUGGAGCCUUUUUAUGAGGAGACUUUACACCUGUAAUAUUCUUUAUUGGUUGAUGAUUUGAGAAAAAACAUUGUUAAAUGAAAAAAUAUUUUUGAAUGUCGAUGAUUGACAAAUACUAUGCCUUUUAAUGUUUGAUUGUGUCUUGGAAUACAUUGAUAUAUGUAGAUUGAAAAUGUAUUUGCUGAAUCAGUUAUGUAUUUGAAUGAUAUUUAAUACUAACUAGUAUGCAUUGAUGUGGGCUGUCAUUUUAAAUAUGCCUUUACACAAUAUGUAUUGCACUAUAAUUAUAACUUAUUUACUCACCAGGUGAACGUGUGUGGAUCAUCUCACUCCAAUAUAAAUAAAGGUUUUAUUUGGCAUUUU